UGCGCCUCACCACCGCGACGAACACCCGACGAGGAGAAAGAAACCACCUGAUCGAGCCCGUAUCUUUGCAGCCGCAGGAGAGGAGGACGAGUCGUUCGUUGGGCAGCAGGAGGCGGCGGCGAAGAUGUCGUGGCAGACGUACGUCGACGAGCACCUGAUGUGCGAGAUCGAGGGCCACCACCUCACCUCCGCCGCCAUCGUCGGCCACGACGGCACCGUCUGGGCACAGAGCGCCGCCUUCCCGCAGUUCAAACCGGAGGAGAUGACCAACAUCAUGAAGGACUUCGACGAGCCGGGGUUCCUCGCCCCGACCGGACUGUUUCUUGGACCAACCAAGUACAUGGUCAUCCAAGGUGAACCUGGCGCUGUCAUUCGUGGCAAGAAGGGAUCAGGAGGCAUCACGGUGAAGAAGACCGGGCAGGCGCUGGUGGUCGGCAUCUACGACGAGCCGAUGACCCCAGGGCAGUGCAACAUGGUGGUCGAGAGGCUCGGCGACUACCUCGUAGAGCAGGGCCUGUAGAUCACCGUCGCCAUCAUCGUCGUCGUUGCCACAGUUCAAUUCGUCAGCAACAAAUUAAACGGAGACGAAUGAGAGACACACACAGCACAUAGUAGAUCUCUAUGCUAUGCAUUUUUCUAGCCACCGUGCAUGCAUGCAUGGGGAUUGUGGUUUAAUUUUCCUCUCCUCUUUCCUUGUCCACCUCCGCAAGCAUGUUCUGGAUCACCUCUUGUACGUUCUGCCAUAUUUUGUUUGAUCCCAUUUCUUCAUGCCGUUUUUGGCUAAUAACUUUUUGUAUUUCUUUCUGACGUGGUCAUUUCGAUUUCCAUUGGAGUUUGGAAAUGUAACAACAAAUGUAAUUAACAUGAGAAAAUUCCUUUGACGCCGCUAAAAUCCCUUAUGUUUUUAUGCUAA